GCUGGGUGGGAAAAGGCUUGACAGAGGGGAGACCGGUAGACGUGUGUUUCAGCGUCUCUGUUUAUGAUUAAAUAAUAUUUUCUUUCGACGCUGUAUGUAUUUAUGCAAAUGAAAAGAGCGUGGGACCGUAUCCGUCCGGUCGGAAAACUGAUUAGCUAGCUUUUUACGUAUAACAAUUCCUCGUGUUUUGGUUUUCCAGUUGAUCAGACAUCUCGGUCUUAUUGAUUUCAUCUCGCCUAGCUGGCUGUCUAGACAUAUUUUCAGAUAAAGAAGAGCGAUCGACGUGGAUUAAUUGAACUAGCUACGAUGAGUACCUUGGAUUCUGUGGAUCGAGUUGAACUGUGCGAGAGCCUUUUGACAUGGAUCCAAACGUUCGGAUUGGAGGCACCAUGCAAAACAGUGGAAGAUCUCACAAGUGGGAUUGUCAUGGCCCAGGCUCUACAGAAAAUAGACAUUGUGUAUUUCACUGACAACUGGAUCAGUAGGAUCAAGCCUGAGGUGGGAGAUAACUGGCGGCUAAAGAUCAGUAAUCUAAAGAAGGUGUUGAAAGGUAUACUGGACUACAACCAGGAGGUCCUACAGCAGCAGAUCAAUGACUUCACCCUGCCAGACAUCAGCCUGAUAGGAGAACACUCAGACGCUGCAGAGCUGGGCAGGAUGCUGCAACUCAUACUAGGCUGCGCUGUCAACUGUGAGCAGAAACAAGAAUACAUCCAGACCAUAAUGAUGUUGGAGGAAUCUGUUCAACAUGUUGUCAUGACAGCCAUUCAAGAGCUGAUGAGCAAAGAGUGUCCAGUUAUAGGAGGAAACGAAUCGUACGCUGACAUCGAUGGACAGUUCUAUUUCCAGCUGAAGAAGACGGUGGAGGAUCUGAACGAGGCUCUAGCCACCAAGGAGGAGAUCGCACAGAGAUGUCACGAGCUGGACAUGCAGGUGGCAGCGUUACAGGAGGAGAGGGGUAGUCUCCUGGCUGAGAACCAGAUCCUCAUGGAGCGUCUCAACCAGUCUGACUCCAUAGAAGACCUGAACAGCCCUGUGGGACGCAGACACCUGCAGCUGCAGACACACCUAGAACAUCUCCAGGAGGAGACCUUCAGGCUGGAGGCAGCGAAGGAUGACUAUCGUAUCCGCUGUGAGGAGUUGGAGAAGGAGCUGACGGAGCUGAGAGGACAGAACGAAGAGCUCACCUCCCUGGCUGAUGAGGCCCAGUCACUGAAGGACGAGAUGGACGUACUCAGACACUCGUCAGACAAGGUGUCCAAGCUGGAGGGCACGGUGGAGGCCUAUAAGAAGAAGCUAGAGGACCUGGGAGACCUGAGGAGACAGGUCAAGCUCUUAGAGGAGAAGAACACUGUGUACAUGCAGAACACUGUCAGUCUGGAGGAAGAAGUACGCAAGGCCAACACCACCAGAGGACAGCUGGAGACCUACAAGAGACAGGUGGUAGAGCUGCAGAACAGGCUGUCUGAGGAGUCUAAAAAGACAGACAAGAUGGAGUUUGAAUACAAGAGACUCAAGGAGAAGGUGGACUCUCUCCAGAAAGAAAAAGAUCGGAUGAGGUCAGAGAGAGACUCUUUGAAGGAGACCAUUGAGGAGCUGCGUUGUGUUAAGGCUCAGAAGGAACAACUCUCUCCAGGCAUGGUUCCACUCGGCAGUAAUGAGGGCUCUGAUUCGCUGGCUGCAGAGAUCAUCACCCCGGAGAUCCGAGAGAGGCUGAUCAGACUGCAGCAUGAGAACAACAUGUUGAAGCUGGCCCAGGAGGGUUCUGACAAUGAGAAGAUCGCUCUGCUGCAGAGCUUACUGGAGGACGCCAACAGUAGGAAGAAUGAACUGGAGACGGAAAACAGACUGGCGAACCAGAGACUGAUUCAGGGUCAGAGUCAGGUGGAGGAUCUGCAGAGGAGUCUUCAGGAACAGGGCUCCAAAGCAGACGACGCGAUUUCAAUCAUUCUGAAGAAGAAAAAUGAUGCACACGUGGAGAAGUUGCGUGAAGUGAACAGCGAACUGCAGAAGAAGAGUGCGUACAUCGAUGACUUGGAGCCCAAGUACACCUCUAGCUCCCAGAAAGUAGAGGAACUGGAAGAGGCGUUAAAGAAGAAGGAUGAAGACAUGAAGCAGAUGGAGGAGAGAUAUAAGAAGUACCUGGAGAAGGCCAAGAGUGUUAUCCGGACCCUGGACCCUAAACAGAACCAGGGCUCAGCACCAGAGGUCCAGGCACUCAAGAACCAGCUGCAGGAGAAGGACAGGAUGCUGCACUCUCUGGAGAAAGACUAUGACAAGACCAAGGCCCAGCGAGACCAGGAGGAGAAACUCAUAGUGUCUGCCUGGUACAACAUGGGCAUGGCUCUCCAGAAGAAGGCAGCAGAGGACCGUCUGGCCAGUACGGGUUCAGGACAGUCCUUCCUGGCCCGCCAGAGACAGGCUACCAGCACACGCCGCUCCUACCCCGGACAUAUCCAGCCUACCACCGCCAGCGAUGUGAUUGCAUGACCGGUGCAGGGUUGGCAGGUGCAUGGCCGGACAGCCGUUCGUUUAUUUGCAUGACUUUAUAUUGAAUUGUGCUUGGCAGCUUGCAAAUAACCCUCAAGGCAUGGCUGGCCAGGCCCAGAUUAGGCCCAGGACGGGGCAAGCGUUCUCCACAGACUGACGGCACACCCCUCUGAGGCCACACUAAGCCCCCUAGCACACUCUAACACCCCUAUCCCCCACCUCCACUCACAUCAUGACACACUACCAGACAACAACAGCCUCUAGUGGGGGUAUGGGGUUGGGGAGCUGGGGCAGCCAGAAAGUCUCUCUCUCUCUAAAUGGUAGAGUAGUGGGAGAAGAGUCUCUCUCUCUAAAUGGUAGAGUAGUGGGAGAAGAGUCUCUCUCUACAUGGUUGUAUUAAAUCAGACCAGAUAACCUGUCUAAAGCUAGUAGCCUGAUCGAUAUGAAACCCUUUUCCCCAGAGCCUUUUUGAAAAAGAAAGCAGAGGGCUAACGUUGUAAGAUAGCCAUGUCCUGGGUCAUGUUCAUUAGGCACCAAAUGGAAGAAAAUGGACUGAAACAGGGAGUACUGUUUUCUUUUUGUGUGGCGCACAACGUUUUGAAAUGUAUUGCUACGAUGUGCCCUAAUGAGCACGACCCAGGCGUGGCACCAAUGGGCAGACAGGCAGCAAGUCAACAAGGAUGUUAUCAUGAGCACGUUAAAAGUGCUUUUACCUCACGUGUUUAGUGUAAAACCAGUGUGAGGAAGAGACGGCUCUUAGGGGCUCUAGUAGAUGUUUUCCCCUGAUGCUGUUGUCUUUUUAGUGGGGCGGCAGGUAGCUUAGUGGUUAAGAGCGUUGUGCCAGUAACCAAAAGGUCGCUGGUUCUAAUCCCCGA